ACAACUUUUGUGGAGGAGAGAAAGCGAUUUUACACAAAGAGUAAGAGUUUCUAUAUAUACAGAGCCAUACACAGACCUCUAUACAGAGACGUAGAGAGAGAGAGAGAGAGAGAGAGAGAGAGAGAGAGAGAGAGUCUGUGUUCUUGAGCUCUCCUUUUCCUCUUGGGUUCUGUGGAAACAUUGUGUUGCAUCAAAAAAAUUUAUAAAAAAAAGUUGUAUUAUAUAUAAAUUUAUCAGAAGAAAUGCAACAGCACCUGAUGCAGAUGCAGCCCAUGAUGGCUGGUUACUACCCCGGCAAUGUCACCUCUGAUCAUAUCCAACAGUACCUCGACGAGAACAAGUCGUUGAUUCUGAAGAUUGUCGAGUCUCAGAAUUCCGGAAAGCUCGGCGAGUGUGCCGAGAAUCAAGCAAGGCUUCAAAGGAACCUCAUGUACUUGGCUGCAAUUGCGGAUUCUCAGCCUCAGCCACCAAGCCUGCAGAGCCAGCAGUAUGCCUCUGGUGGCGGGAUGAUCCAACCAGGAGCCUCGCACUACUUGCAGAACCAGACAGCAACUCAGAUGACGACACCUCAGGCGUUAAUGGCGGCUCGCUCUUCCAUGUUGUACGGCCACCAGCAGCAGCAUCAGCCUUACGCCACGUCGUUGCACCACAGCCAGCUCGGGAUGAGCUCGAGCAGCGGAAGCGGCGGCGGCGGCUCCGGCCUCCAUAUCUUGCAGGGUGAAGUCGGAACCUCUGGAGGAAACGGAGGGUUCCAUGAUUUCGGACGCGGGAAGCCAGAACUUGGGAUCGGAAGCGGCGGCUUUGAUGGCCGGGGAGGAAGUUCCGGCGACGGAGGAGAUACCCUUUACUUGAAAUCGUCGGACGAAGGGAACUGACAAAGUGUUUGUCUCAGAAGCAGUGGUAAUAAAAGGAUGUGAUGGUGAUUAGGGUUUUUUGCUUUAGUUUGCUUGUUGAACAAGCAAGUGGAUCAGACGGAAUUCAAGAACAUGAAUCCUUUUUUUUAAUCUUCGUCUUCCUAUUUAGUUUUGUCUGCAACGAUGGACUCUUUCUUCGUAUCUCAAUGCGUUCCUUGUGUCGGAAGAAUGCAUUGAAUAUAAGAAUCUGGAAUGUCGGUUCGGUUCUAUGCGUACCAUCGGUAUUUUGAUAACCAAGAUUUGAGAUUCUGAUUUA